GUGUCACGAGUCACGUGAGUAUCUAACAUCUAUGAAAGCCAAUCACAGUCUGGGAAUUAAGAAACAACGCAAGUUUAAAUGUUUGGCGGUGACUCACGAACUGUCAGCGGCAGGAAAACCAAAAUGGACACCAACCUGGCUAAACUUUUAAUCGGACUCUCUGUCCAAAUUAGUCGCAGUGAUGGUCGAGUCCAUUCAUCGACGGUGAAAGCCUUUGAUGCAGCGAAGAGCACAGUAAUGGUGGAGUGGACCGAGAGGAACAUCUGCCGUGGGAAGGAGGUGGAAGUACGUGAGUUGUGCUCUCUGAAUCCAGAGCUUUUAGAGCAUGUAAACACCAUCACAAACAAAGCUGCUCAGACAGCAACUCCUGUUCCAAGCAAGAAAUAUGAAGGUCGACUCCGCUCUUCCAGGAUUCCUGGUCCACUCCCCUCCUCUGCUUCAGUGAUCCCAGUGGGUGAAGAGUCAGUUGCCGCUCGGCCUCAGAUGCGCCAGACCUGUUUUUUCCAGCAACCAUUAACACUUGUUCCAUCGACUUCCGGGUCUUCUGCAGAAAAAUUGGAUCUCAAGCCAUCGCCAGCCAUAAGCUCUGCAGCUGCUAAUCGACAUUGUCAAGAAAACGAUUCUAAACCAGCCCCGCCGCAGCAUUUUGUUAGUGAGGCAGUAAAAGCAAAUGAACCUGAGAGAAUGCCUCCUCCGUCUUCAUUCAAAGGUGGAAGAAAAUCCGUGGCUGCCCAUGAACUAAACAAAGGCAACAAAAGGCUGUCAACUGUCAGAUCAGUUGACCUGCUGACCAAAAAGGGGAAGUUUUUAGAAGCAUCUCGACCAAACCAGAAGUUUUACGACAUGAUCCAAAUGUUCAGAGAGACCAUGGAAAUAACCCCCGUAACAACCACUGACCUGAUUGAGCCCCGAAAAAUAUGUGUCUGUGUUCGCAAGAGGCCCCUAAACAAGCAAGAGGUCACAAAGAAGGAGAUAGAUGUGGUUUCUGUACCUGGCAAGGGCACUUUACUGGUCCAUGAGCCAAAGCAUAAGGUGGACCUUACCAAGUACUUGGAAAAUCAAGCCUUCCACUUCGACUUCUCUUUUGAUGAAAGCGCUACCAAUGAACUGGUCUACAAAUUCACUGCUCAACCUUUAGUGCAAUCCAUUUAUGACGGUGGCAUGGCAACCUGUUUUGCCUAUGGGCAAACAGGAAGUGGUAAAACCCACACAAUGGGGGGCGAUUUCACGGGGAAGCAGCAGAACAGCUCUAAAGGGAUCUACGCCUUGGCAGCCCGAGAUAUUUUCACCUAUCUCAACCACAAGACGUACACUAAUCUCAAUCUCUCUGUCUACGUCAGCUUCUUUGAGAUCUACAACGGCAAGGUGUACGACCUGCUCAACAAGAAGACCAAGCUGCGGGUUUUAGAGGACGACCGGCAGCAGGUGCAGGUGGUCGGACUGGAGGAAGUGUUGGUGUCUUCAGCGGAGGACGUCAUCAAGAUCAUAAAGAUCGGCAGUGCAUGCAGAACAUCUGGACAGACCUCGGCCAACGCCAACUCCUCGCGUUCUCACGCAAUCCUUCAGAUUAUACUGCGUCACAACGACCGUGCUACAACACUGCACGGGAAGUUUUCAUUGGUCGACUUGGCCGGCAAUGAGCGCGGCACAGAUGUUAGCAGCAAUGACCGCAGCACUUUGGUUGAGACUGCAGAGAUCAACCGCAGCCUGCUGGCUCUCAAGGAGUGUAUCCGUUCCCUGGGAAAGAAUAGUGACCACAUUCCUUUUCGCAUGAGCACUUUAACCAAAGUGCUCAGGGAUUCUUUCAUUGGAGAGAAGUCCAAGACCUGCAUGAUUGCAAUGGUGUCUCCAGGAAUGGCUUCUUGCGAGUACACGAUGAACACACUACGUUAUGCAGACAGAGUCAAGGAGCUCAAUGGCAAUUCCAAAGCAACCGAACCAUCUAAGGGAAAAGAGGAACUGAGCAGUUCCUCAGAAGAUGAAAACGUGGACCACAGUGUGUUUGAUGCCAUUUCUCGGGUGACAGAGUUGGAGGAGAAGGUUUAUGCUGAUUUGAAGAGGGCAAAUGUGCUUGUUCAAGAGAUGGAUAGCAUCUCCUACAACAUAGAGGAAGGACUUCCUUGCUUAUUGGCAUAUUCCCAGGAGCUGAUGGACAAUAUCUUGAUGCUGCAAUCUGCUGUAGACCAAGAGCAACAAGCAACACAGACUCACUGAAACGGCAUAAAACUUCUCAGAACACAUUUUAAUUUUUUUAAUUUUUAUCAGUACUAGUUUUAUUAUAUUUUGUCUUCAAUAAAGUUGAUUAUCUUUUGAAAACAUUAUUCUUGUAUAAUUUCAAAGCCAACAGCUGUACACUUAUGUUUUCUGUGCGAAUGUUUGUAUUCUACUGCUCCACAAGGCAAUUAUUGAAUGUUUUAACUUUUUCAUGAAUGUAAGGGUGUUUUAAAAUAAAGCAAAUUUUAAGAAACUAA